CAGCCACGUCUGGACAAGUGCAAGUACGAAAAAAUCAAAAGUGAAACUGCAGAAGAAGGAGAGCUGAGAGUGGCUGCAGUGGCAGCUAUAUUGUACAUCAUUGUUUCUUUGGACAUGCCGCAAGAUGAAAAAGGAGACAAGGCUGAAAGUUUGAGCAGUAGCCUCUUUGAGGGAUUAUUUCUUCUACCAGAAAAAAAUGGCAAAUGCGAAUCCUUUCAGAAAUUGGUGGAGGUUCAUUUUCCACAAGAAAAACAGAAGGUACUCAUAAAGGGUUUAGAAGGACUUAUCAAACAGUUUGCUGGUGGAAAUGUUAAAAACCCCAAAUGGCUUCUUGCCAUCCCACUGUAUCAUUUUUUAUGUGGACACAGCAAGCCUUUUGCCAGAGUUGACAUAAAUGAAAAACACAACCAUGACAGUGGGAAGUGGUGGGGAAUUGAAAACAUAAAAAAGGCCGUUGAGUCUUUCAAAAAGGCAAUGGAAUACAGCAGACAAGGUACAUCAAUGAUGGAUAGAUUGGUCCCUCUAUUUAAAAUGGACAAGCUGUUACCGAGGACAUUUAUGUGCACCAUCAGCUUUAAGGAUUUAAAAGAAGUCAUAUGUUCAAAGUCCAUUCCACCAGAAGUGUCCAUGGCAGUGUUGUAUUACUACAUACAUGUGCAAAGCCAUGAAUGGCCAUAUUUGUUCAACAGUGAUUUCAAAACACUUGUUUCUGCAGUGGAUGCAAUAAAGGAGCUGAUAGAAAACCAGCUUGCUCCAUCCAGUCAAGGAAGUGACCACAUAGAAGAAGUAUGUGGGGAUGCAAGAGAAAUAUCAAUGGUGGCACAUGACUUUUUUGAAGCAUGUUCACUCAAAAUGGAUAGAGAGUUGUGGAGAUUUGUUUGUUCAGCUGUUGAUGUGUUUGUGACCGCAAGCAGAGUGCACCAUACUUUUUUAGUCAAGUCUUUUGUUGGUGCAGAGAAAGAAAGAGAGUUUCAAGUAGAAAGCGACCGCAUAGCUGCCACAUUCAGUUCAGCAUUAGAGUGUCUGAAUGCCUGGUUAUAUCAUUGUCUUCCUCCUGUCAUGGGCAACUUGGGAACUUGGAGUUGUGUUGAUGAGCUCAAUAUUUGGUCAAAAUUAUUGUCACUGGAAUGGCCCACAGAUUGUACAGCCAAAGAGUGGCUGAGACGAGAGCUUGAAAGAAAAAUUGAUUCUAUUCGUCUUGGAAAGGCAAAGAUAGACUUGUUUUGCAGCACAGACUCCAAAGAAUACCACCAUGUUGUUAAAGAAUGCUUAAGUAAGGCAGCCUUUAAAGCCAUCGAAACU